AUGAUGAAGUGGUCUAUAGAGCUAUCAGAGUAUUCCAUCAAGUAUGAGCCGAGAGGCGCAAUCAAAGCUCAAGCACUAGCCGACUUCGUGAUGGAGUUGACCGCGCCCGCCGAUGAGGGUGAGUUUGGAGAGACGCAGUGGACCUUGUCAGUAGAUGGAGCAUCGAACCUUGGGGGAAGUGGAGCAGGGAUCGUCUUGGAAGGACCAAGAGGAAUUUUGUUGGAACAGUCGUUGCGCUUCGAAUUCCGAGCAAGCAAUAACCAGGCCGAAUAUGAGGCGUUGUUGGCCGGCAUGGCAUUGGCGAAGGAGAUGGGGGCGGCGAGUUUGUCAGCACGAAGCGACUCUCAAUUGAUCACGGGGCAGGUAGCAGGCACUUUCCAAGCAAAGGACCCUCAACUGGCUAAGUACUUGGAAAAAGUUAAGCUUCUAUCGGAGAAUUUCCGAGAAUUCACGCUUAACCACAUACCGCGAGAGCAAAACUCGAGGGCCGAUCUGCCCUCCAAGCUUGCCAACACAAAGAAGCCGGGAACCACUCGGUCGGUCAUCCAAGAGACCUUAGCGCAGCCAAGUAUUAACGAGCCACAGGGGAGUGUUCUUUUCAUCCAAGAUGAGCUCGACUCAUGGAUGGGACCGUACAUUGCAUACUUGACUCGGGGGGAAUUGCCAGAGGACAAGAAGGAGGCCUCAUUGAUACAGAGGGAGUCAGCCAGAUUCGUGGUCAUCAAUGAAAGAUUGUAUCGAAGAGGUUUCAGCUCUCCCCUUCUAAGGUGCUUGACCGCUUCACAAGCGCAAAGAGUGAUGGACGAGGUACAUAGUGGAAUGUGUGGGAGUCACAUCGGAGGACGAGCCCUGGUGUACAAAGUGGCGAGAGCAGGCUACUUUUGGCCGAGUCUGAGAAACGACUGCGUCAAUUGGGUUCAAAAAUGUGAUGGAUGUCAAAGGCAUGCAACUUUGCACCACUCCCUAGCCGAACGACUCCACUCGAUUUUAUCUCCUUGGCCAUUUAACAAGUGGGGUAUUGACAUUCUCGGUCCGUUUUCGAUAGCUGUGAGACAGUUAAAAUUCUUGAUAGUGGCUGUAGACUAUUUCAGCAAAUGGAUUGAAGCGGAGCCUGUGGCGACCAUCUCGACGGAGAAGGUAAAGACGUUCUUAUGGAAGAACGUAGUAUGUAGAUACGGUGUUUCCCAGGUGCUCGUAUCGGAUAACGGGACAUAA